CAAAUGACAGAACUGACAGAACUUUCCAGACUUUGUGUUGUGUCGUUCUAACCUCACUCCGUUUUCCCAACAACAUCGACGCUUUUCAGCAAAAUGACCGCAAAAAUAGACGAAUUGAAAAGCGACCUAGCGGAACUUCAGUCGUUGCUCGCACAAGCAACCAGACCCAAAGUCAAAGACAUUUUGUCGCUAGAAACGCGCAAAUUGUCAACCGAAAUCGCUAAAUUACAGGAUCAGUUGAACACCGCCGCAAACGCAACAUCAACAACACCAAUUUUAAAACGCUACCAAGUUAAAUUAAACACUUACGCUUGGGAUCAAACAUCGAAGUUCGUGAAAUUUUACGUCACGCUGCCCAAAGUUCACACAAUCCCUGAAGGAAAUUUGGUUUGUCAAUUCACGAACAAAUCGCUGGAAUUGAGCGUGAAGGAUUUAGACAACAAAGACUACGUUUUCGUUAUUAAUAAUCUCUUGUGUAAGAUCAAUCCUGAAGGGAGCACCUGGAAGGUCAAAACGGAUAUGGUGGUGAUCAACGCCGCUAAAGUCAAACCUGACAAGUGGUCUCAUGUUACAGAACUUGAAAAGAAGGCCAGUGAUGCACAAAACGCCAAAUUUAAAGCUGAUGAUAACAUGGAUCCUAGUGAGGGGUUGAUGUCUAUAAUGAAGAAUAUGUAUGAGAAAGGUGAUGAUGAGAUGAAGAGAACCAUUGCCAAGGCUUGGUCUGAGAGCCAAAACAAAUCUUCAGUUUUGUCUUAAUUUUUAACUAAUAAUUUUUUACAAGUGUACCUCUAUUGUAUUAGAUUUAUGGUUUUCUACAGGAUGAUGCAGUAAGCCAUUUUUUUUUUAAUAUUUACAUUAGUGUAACGUAAUAAUAAUAAUUUAAUGCUGAAGUAGAA